UCACAUCUUUUUACCUAUUUGGUGCAUCAAAAAUAAUUUUUUAACUUCGAAAUUUUACGAGCGUGUUCAAUUGUUUAUAAUUUUUACAUAUUUUUCGUUACAUGAAAUUUAUGCAAAUAUGCAUUAGGACACUAAUAAUAAGAUUACCUCGCUUAAAAUUGUUUUCUUGAAACUCGUACCAGUUUUAUAAACAAAAUACUUACAUAUCAGCAAGUUUAUUAACAAACAAGAUUACAAAAUAAGACAAUAGUAUGCAAUAGCAAAUCUCAUCGAAGAUACAAUAUAUAUUAUAAAAGUUACAACAUCCCAAGCGCCAGUUUGUACUUAAGAUUUGUAGUAGACGAUAAUAAAAUCAAGAAGUAUGACCUUAGAAAACAGGGGGCUCAUUUUAUAUGGUGCAUACGACUUAAAAGUGGUAAAAUUACCUGUUCCAAAACCUGGACCUGAUGAAGCUCUUUUGGAAAUGGGUUGUGUGGGAAUUUGUGGUUCGGAUCUAACAGUUUGGAAAAGAUUUGGAAUGGGUGGUAAUAAAACCGUGCACCCUAAACUUCUUGGGCACGAACCUGCAGGAACAGUCAUAGAAGUGGGAAGCAACGUAACAGCUUUAAAAAAGGGUGAUAGGGUAGCAGUGGAGCCUAUAAUACCAUGUAGUCAAUGUGAGUUUUGUAAAAUUGGUUCUUAUAACCAUUGCGAGAAGGUUACCUUCUCGGGUGUGCACCCCAAAGACGGGGCCCUUCAAAAAUACUACGUACAUCGUGCUAGCUCUCUUCAUAAACUUCCAGACGGUGUAACACUAGAAGAAGGUGCACUUUUACAACCCCUAUCAAUUGCAAUUCACGCCGUUAAAAGAGGCGGGGUAAUAGGCAAUUCUAAAGUAUUAAUUAUGGGAGCCGGAACUAUUGGAUUAUCUGUACUUCUUUCCGCGAAAGCUUACGGCGCUUCUAAAGUUAUUAUAGCGGAUGUAAUCGAGUCUAGACUUAGGAAGGCCGAAGAAAUGGGGGCUGAUUUUACGUACAAAGUUGAAGAUGGUGAAGACGAACAAACUACUGUGCGAAAUAUUUUGAAGAUAUUUAACGAAAAACCGACGAUUAGCUUCGAAUGCGCUGGUGAAGAAAGUUGCGUGAGGGUGGCAUUAAAAGCUACGAAAGACGCAGGAGUUGUAGUAAUCGUGGGUCUGGGAACCCCAGAAUACACUCUCCCAAUUUUCGAUGCACAAGUCAGAGAAAUUGACAUCAGGGGUUCAUAUCGGUUAUGCAACGAUUAUCCCACGGCCCUGGAACUGGUCUUGAACAAAAAGAUUGCGAUCGCACCCUUGGUAACACACCGUUUCGCAAUUGACGAUUAUCAAAAGGCUUUCGAACUUGCCAACACAAGACAAGAUAACUGUAUAAAAGUAAUGUUUCACGUUUAAUUUUAAUUUUUUAAUCAUUGUAUAAAUAAAUAUUGUUUAGUUGCAGUUGUACAUGAUUUAUAUGUAGUAUCUUUUAUGUAAUAAAUACAAUCGUAACAAUA